CGCCACGGAUGCGUGAGCCGGACUCAGACCAAUUGCGCGUGAGCAGCUGGACGCCUGUGUCGGCGGAACCGCAAGUGCGUGAGAAGAGACAGGAGGAGAUAAUAAUGAUGAUGAUGAUGAUGAUGAUGAUGAUGAUGAUGAAGAUUCAGCAGAAGCCACACGGAGAGAGCGCGCGGAUCGGAGCGGGUUUCUCCGAGAGAAGAUCUCCCUCCUGAUGGUGCUGAACCGCGCGGGAUGCAAGACUCUGAACUGCACGAGACAAUCUUCAUCUUCAUCUUCAGCACCAUCUUCACCCUCUUCACGCUUCUGCACAUGAGGGAGCAGAGAUGGAGGCUCGGGCCGACUCCUGGUGAUUCAUCCUCAUGCCGCAGCAAUGAGUAACACACACCCCAACAUGUCUGCUUUAAUCCCGGAUGCGAAGGUGAGGAACGUGAGCGUGGAGCUGCUGUCCCUCAACCCCUGGGACGUGGUGCUGUGUGUGACAGGAACACUGGUGUGCUGUGAGAAUGCCUUGGUGCUCGUGUUGAUCGCACACACUCCCUCACUGAGAGCGCAGACGUUUGCGCUCGUGGCGAGUUUGGCGUCUGCCGAUCUGCUGGCCGGUCUGAGCUUGAUCCUAAACUUCAUUGUCAUCUACAUGAUGAACACUGACUUUGUGACGUUGCUGUCGGCUGGCCUGCUCAUCACCGCCUUUUCGGCAUCGGUGCUGAAUGUUCUGGCCAUCACAGUGGACCGCUACCUGUCACUGUACAGUGCUCUGACAUACCACACAGAGCGCGCCGUCACCUUUACCUACGUGGUGAUGGUGCUUGUGUGGUCCACGAGUGCUGCACUCGGUUCUCUGCCCGUUCUCGGCUGGAACUGUCUGCGUGAUGAAGCAACCUGCAGCAUCUGCCGCCCGGUGCACAAGAGCAACGCGGCUGCGCUCGCCAUCUCCUUCCUUCUGGUCUUCGCCCUCAUCCUGCAGCUGUACCUCCAGAUUUGCAAGAUUGCAGUGCGCCAUGCACAACAGAUUGCGGUGCAGCAUCACUUCAGGGCCGCCUCGCACGCCGCCUCGGCCGCCAAAGGCGUCUCCACGCUGUCCGGCAUCUUGGGCACGUUUGCACUCUGCUGGGUUCCACUUGCCAUGUACUCACUGGUGGCAGAUACGUAUUAUCCAUCGACUUACAUGUAUGCCACUGCGCUUCCAGCUAUCUGCAGCUCAAUCAUAAACCCCAUCAUUUACGCCUUCAGGAACCCGGACAUCCAGAGGUCACUGAGGCUCGCUUGUUGUGGAUGUACGCCCUACGGCUUUACAAUGCGACCACGGACACCGAGUGAUGUGUAACAAUUUACUAAUUGCAAAAGCUAUGUCAGAAAUCUUCAACUCUCCAGCAGUUUUUAAUCCAUAUCUAUAUCUGUAGCUUCUGCAGUGUGUGUGAUCACCACUAACAUCUAAAAACCUGAAACAGUGGAAGCCCAUGGCUUGUUUUCCAUCUGAGAUUAAACUUCUCUUUCAGAGGUGGGUGUAUUUGCGUUGUGGAUCUGAACGUGCAGAGUAAUAAUACAUUUUAUGUCAAAUGUUAAAAGCAGUUUUUUCUGUAUUGCUCUACAUGUGUAACUCAUAAUUGAAUCUCAUAUGUUCAGGAGAUAUCCAGAGAUUCGUAUAAGUGAAGUUGGCCUGGUGGGUUUGAUGUUCUUGUUGGAGGUAAUCCCACACACUGCACAGCUACAGCUGAUGGACAUUGGGGUUAAAAGCUGCUGAGGUUUGACUUUAACAUGCACAGACGGUCCAUAUAUUGUAAUGUUCAUGCGUAUGGAAGUUGCGUGAUGUCGGUGAAAUCUGAGUGUAAUGAUGUUUAAAUCAUGGUGUGUUUAAUGUUUUGGUCAACAUCUUAUAUUUCAUUAGAUUAGAAACACAUGUGUGAAAGCCAGUCACAGAUGUAGCAUCAAUCCUUUGUGGUCAGUCGCCUUUAAGCACUGUGAAAUGCCUACAGACUUCCGAGACAGAGCUGAUAGACGUGGAGCUGAUGAAUGUUCACUGUAUUACUUGAUAUAUCUUUAGAAAUUGGCUUUUUCACUAAAACUCAGCUUGAGAAGAAGAAAUGAGUGUGAAAUGCUGCCAAUACCUGAUGAAUACACCUGCAUGAGGACAGUGGUAGAGCACAGUUUGGUCAUUUUUCUCCUGAACUACAUGAUCUACCUGAUCCACCAAACCUGAUCAUGGAGUGUCAACUUGGAUCAGAUGUGUUUAUCCAGAAAAAUCCCCAAGCUGUGCUGAGCUCCAGUCUGGAGGUGUGAUACUGAAUUUUGUAUGCUCGUGAUUUAUUAUUUUACAAAAUUCUUGUUAAAUUAUUUCAUUGUCAAAAAACAACAGCCUAAAAAACAAACAAACAGGAAAGACAGAAUUCUCACCAUUUCAUGUUAAAGAACGAUAGAGUAAGAGUGAUAAUAGUGUCGGCUAUGCAGUCUGGAACUGCUUGUCAGGCAGAGACAAUCAUACAAACUCAAAAUCGAACUAUAUUCACUUGAUGUUAACUAUACACAUGACCAUGACAGAAUGUGAGAGAGCACCAUGAGUCCACUGGAGAGUGGGUGAGAUGAUGGAAGGGGGCGGGGCUUCCAGGUGGAUUGAUUAAUAUCAGAGAAUUUUGAAAAACCUCCAAAUCUGUCCAUCAUUCCAGAGUGACGUGAUUGGGUCACUUAAUAUUUUAUUGUGGAUUAAAAGACUGAUCUUCUGGAGUAAUAACUCCUACUGCCCUACUACGAUGUUAAAUAUCAUUCAACACGAAUGCACAGGACUGCGUUAUUUAUUCCACUGCCGCUCGAUCCUGCAGUUCUGCUGUAGUUUGGGACAAACACCUCGAUUUCAGCACUUCAUGAUGACUGUAGAGCAGCACAACCUUCACACAGAGGUGCAAUAAAGUCCAUGUAUUUAUCUUCUAGUAGUGAUGGACAUCACUAAAGCACAUCCUGUGUUUAUAUACAGACGUUAAUGAAAUCCACAGUUUUUUCAACACUGAGGUUUUUUGCUGUUUACGAUGAACAUUAAAGGGAAAUGUGUUUGUGUAUGAUAUCAGUAUAUCAUAUCAGUGCAGCCUGGUAGUGUAGUUACUGCAUCGAUCCGCAGUAUUCCUGAUCUACAUCUGUCUAUUUCUAACAUUUCUGAUGGAAAAUUGGGGUGUAAGAAAUGGGGCGUGAUGGGGUGGGACAUGUGUAAUGUGUUUUAUGUAUUUGUAAUCAAGGUUAAUGCAGCUAUCAGUUACCCCAUGUCACAGAACGUCCUGCGUUACUUCCUGUUCUCACUUACGUUAUAGCAGCUAUAAACCGUUCCCUCACCGGCAUCACACUUUUUUCUCUCCUAAAAACAUUCUGUCUUUCAGAAAACUGCACAUAUUCAAGUGGAUGAUGUGAAGUGAAAAUCCUAAAAUGAAAUGCAAGGUGACGUGGAUCAUGUGUUGAACACGUCCCUGUGAAGGAUCUGUUGCUAUAGAAACAAUAACGUAUUAGAGUGAGUGCAUUGAUAUAAACCUGUGAUCGUUGUUCUGAUGUUCUAGCUGCUGUUACAGAACAAUCGUCUGUCCUCCUGACUGAAGACGUAAACAGUAUUACAGUAUUAUAACUCAGUCCUGAUUUCUGUUGUUCAAGUUAAGACAGUAGGAGGAGACGUGCCGUGUCUCAUUACCCCAUGACGUCUUAUUCACUUUGAGAAACGCGUUUAAUGAGCACAGAUGAGCUUUUUCUUCUUUACGUUACACCAUGAUGUCAGCUUGGAGAGAAGUAGAAAUCGGAUUCAUUUUUGCCUUACCCGUGUUCUCAGUGGCAAUAAUGUACUGUACUGUGUCUAUUAAUAACAAAAAUGCAAAAUGAAGUAAUAAUAUUCUUUUGUAAGACUAUUAGAGGCACAUAAACCUGCUGUAUGCAUGUCAUCACGUUUGUGAGAAGUAGCUUGCGCACCUGUAAGGUGUAAUUGAGCACUUACAGAUUUAUGAUCGUAUCUUGAGACUGUGCACUGAAGCGUUCUCACCUCCUGUAUGCUUGAGUUUGUGUGUUUGUAGAUCAGCCAAAGAGCUAAACAUUUAAAAAAAAAUAACACAGUGUGUAUUGUACAACGUGCACUAUUCCAAAUAAUCCUGCUGAUAGAAGAUGUCAGUAUUUCUGAAUGUAAGGUGCCAAGAUUUCUCCAUCGAGUGACUGAACUUUCGCUUUGAUUUUGUAACGACGCAUUCGCACUCAUGUUGAAAUGAAAGUUGUGGUGAAUAAUUUCAAUAUUUUUGUACAGUAAAAUGUUUUGCAUUAAUAAUAAGUAGCUACUUGGGUGUAACAUCUGAUGCUUGACUUAAUCCAUGAUCCAUAUUUGAGUGAUCUGCAUUAGCAUAGGUUUUUUUUUUAUGUAAGUACUUGAAUGGUUCUAUAAACUUCACUUCAUCGCUCCUCAAA